GGAAGCGUGUUGGUCGUUAGGCUCAUGCGCAGUACCGAAGUGUGCCCGGGCAACCGGAAGCCACGGGAAGAGAGCUAUGGCGGGUAUGAAUGUGAGAGAUCCAGCGGUAGAUCGUUCUCUACGUUCGGUAUUCGUGGGAAACAUUCCAUAUGAAGCUACUGAAGAGCAGUUAAAGGACAUCUUUUCUGAGGUUGGACCCGUUGUUAGUUUCAGGUUGGUAUAUGAUAGGGAGACAGGAAAGCCAAAGGGUUAUGGCUUCUGUGAAUACCAAGACCAAGAGACAGCACUUAGUGCCAUGAGAAACCUGAAUGGGCGUGAAUUCAGUGGAAGAGCACUUCGAGUGGAUAAUGCUGCCAGUGAAAAGAACAAAGAAGAACUGAAGAGCCUUGGCACUGGUGCCCCUGUCAUUGAAUCACCUUAUGGAGAGACCAUCAGCCCUGAGGAUGCUCCUGAGUCCAUUAGCAAAGCAGUUGCCAGUCUUCCACCGGAGCAGAUGUUUGAGCUGAUGAAACAGAUGAAGCUUUGUGUCCAGAAUAGUCCCCAGGAAGCACGGAACAUGUUGCUCCAAAACCCUCAACUGGCUUAUGCUUUGCUACAAGCACAGGUAGUGAUGAGAAUUGUGGAUCCAGAAAUCGCCCUGAAAAUUCUGCAUCGCCAGACAAAUAUCCCAACACUGAUGGCAGGCAAUCCUCAGCCAGUCCACAGUGCUGGGCCUCCCUCAGGAGCCGGUGUGCCAAUGAACCAGCAGAAUCCUCAGGCCCCUGGGGCCCAGCCUAUGGGUGGCAUGCAUGUCAAUGGUGCACCUCCUUUGAUGCAAGCUUCUAUGCAGGCUGGAGUUCCAGCACCAGGACAAAUACCAACUGCUGUAACAGGACCUGGCCCUGGUGCCUUAGCUCCCGGCGGAGGGAUGCCGGCCCAGGUUGGAAUGCCAGGAGGUGGACCAGUGCCCAUGGAACGAGCACAAGGAACCCUACAGCACUCGCCUGUGGGACCCGCCGGGCCUGCAUCAAUUGAGCGAGUUCAAGUGCCGAUGCAAGACCCCAGAGCAGCUAUGCAGCGUGGGCCCUUGCCUGCCAACGUCCCAACUCCUCGAGGUCUGUUAGGAGAUGCUCCAAAUGACCCACGUGGGGGCACUUUACUUUCUGUAACUGGAGAGGUAGAGCCUAGAGGUUACCUGGGACCACCUCAUCAGGGUCCACCCAUGCACCAUGUCCCUGGCCAUGACAGUCGUGGCCCGCCCCCACAUGACAUGAGGGGAGGGCCAUUAGCCGAGCCCAGACCUCUAAUGGCAGAGCCAAGAGGACCCAUGCUAGAUCAGAGGGGUCCACCCUUGGAUGGCAGAGGUGGAAGAGAUCCCCGAGGCAUGGACGCACGAGGGAUGGAGGCACGAGCCAUGGAGGCAAGAGGAUUAGAUGCCAGAGGAUUGGAGGCCCGUGCGAUGGAGGCACGUGCAAUGGAGGCCCGUGCGAUGGAGGCCCGAGCGAUGGAGGCCCGUGCAAUGGAAGUCAGAGGGAUGGAGGCCAGAAGCAUGGAUCCAAGGGGCCCAGUCCCUGGCCCUAGAGGCCCUAUACCUAGUGGAAUCCAGGGUCCCAAUCCAAUUAACAUGGGGGCAGUUGGCCCCCAGGGAUCCAGACAGGUCCCAGUCAUGCAGGGGGCAGGCAUGCAAGGAGCCAAUAUGCAGGGUGGAGGCCAGCCUGGUGGCUUUAGUCCUGGCCAGAACCAAGUCACUCCACAGGACCAUGAGAAGGCUGCUUUGAUCAUGCAGGUUCUUCAGCUGACUGCAGACCAGAUCGCCAUGCUGCCUCCCGAACAGAGGCAGAGUAUCCUGAUCUUAAAAGAACAAAUACAGAAGUCCACUGGAGCACCUUGAAAGGUUUUCAAAAAUACCUGGCAACAAAUAUGGAAAAUAAUUCCAUAACUUUGUUGAAAUGUUGCAAAAAGAUGACUUCUACAUCCUAAUCCUUGAAUGACUCAAAUUGGUGCCAGGUGGAGGAUUCCCAUCACCUCUCUCAGAACAAAACUAGAUCAUUCUGUUGUCUUAGUUGAUAUAUUUUCUGUGACUUGAAAUAAACUUUGAACACAGUUUUAGUAUAAUGCAAAUUGAUACACAUGAACUUUUUGCUUUAAAAAGCUGAAUACCAAGGGUAAAACCUUAGAUGUAUUUUCUACCCUUACUGCAAUAUUGUACUUCAAUGUUAUAUUGCCAUAGUUCUGUUUUUCUUAAGUUAACCAUUUAUUCUUCUUUAUUAUAUUUGAGAAUUUCUCAGAAACAAAUUUUUCAGAAACUUAGUUUCUACUUAGUCUGCUUCCUGUGGUAAUAGUAAGAUUUGCCCUUUGAGAACUUGCUAGAACUUCUGAGUCUACAGGAAGAAAAAAACAUGUGCUUAGAGCUAUAAAAUGAUAAAAAGGCCAACAAAACAGAGAGCCUAGCAGAGUAGUGUAUUUAGUUUAUAAAAAUCCAAUUAUCAAAAUGCAUUUUUUGUCAAUAGUAGGUCUAUUCACAUGCAUAGUUCAGAGGUAAGACAAAAAUGUAUUAGCCACUGGUUCUAGUGUGUCAACAACACGAAACUGGACAUUUCCUUCUCCCAAAACCCUUCAGUCUAGGUAGUCAACCUUAAAAGUUACAAAAUCCACUAAUUUUUCACAUGUUCAAGAUAAAAUAAAAACUGAACAGCAAUCAAAUGCACAAAAUGUAUUUCAUCCUACCUAAGUCACUAACCUAUAGGCCUACCCUGUAACCAGAUUUAUUCUGGGAAAUUAAAACAGAAAACCUUAAAACUUUUACAUUCCUAUUUAUUUUAAGAGGACCAAAUGUAGAGUCCAAGCAGAUAGAUAUGGUUGUCUCCCCUGCCUGCUUCCUUGCAGAUAGAUAUGAACAUAAUUAGUGCCCUUGCUCUGACUUAUGGCUCUUUCAGCCUACUGUUUCUUCUCUCAUAGUAGCAUUAAGGAGAAACAUGAUUUCUCUCCAUCAGGCCAACCUCAAGAGGUUAUGAGGUGCCUUAAUAAUUAGUAAAGUUCCACUGGAACUACUCGAGCCUAUUUAUAUUCUCAGAAUCCUACCCCCAGAUUAGGAGUAUGGUCAAGUGAAUUAAAGCCUGCAAUAGGCUUAGAGAAUGUAAUAGCAUAUUGCUUAUAUAUCAAGCAAAAGAAUGCAAAGAUAAUCAACUUUACGAGACAUUGAAAUUGAGGGAUUUUUUACUCUGAUAUAUAAACAUUUACUAUAAGAGUUUGCUGAAUAAGAUACUUCGUAUUACAACCUAAGAAGAAAAACUUGCUCAAAACAGCUUAGGAGAUUUCUAGGUGUCAUGCACAGCCCCAAAUUGGGCUUGGAUGUUGAUUAUAUGUAGGACUUAUUAUUAUCUCUACCUUUUCUGCCUACUUACAUGAAUAGUCUAGACCAGCAGUCGCCAACGUUUCGGACCCAUCGGACCACAGGUGGUCUGCAGGCCACCAGUUGGUGACCGCUGUUAGACCUUGAUAUGUUGAUUUUAGCAGCAGUCAUAUCUUGGAAGUGUCAAUACAAUUUAGACAUUGAGAUCAAGAGUAAAGCCUCUCAUUAGGAACUCAUAAGAUAUUCAAGGAAUACUAAGGUUCCAAACCAAACUCAUUGAAAACCAAAUUAUCAUUUGGUCAGCAGCUGUCUAAUAAGAACCAUAUUGUCAAGGUUCCAUUGUGCAUGUUUCUAAAGCCUUAUUAAAUUUAGACAGCUGAAAUCCAGGAAGUUGGCAACAGUAAGGGUACCCCAAUCGAUUCCUACAGAAACAUCUGUUAGUACUUUUUACUAAUGUCCAAUUAAUACAUGAAACAUAAUUCACUACCAUAAGAUCUGGACUUACCUUUAUUUUGUUCAGACUAGUGACUGAAAAAUACUUCAAGUUACAAGUUAUACAGGUUUCUGGAUAAUUAGAAACUAUCAUUUAUUCAUUUUUGGUCACUUAAAAGAAAGAAAUAGGUGCUAUAAUGCUAAUUCAGUAGAAACAGUCUUUUAAAUCUGAUGGAUUGACUUGUCUUUGGGCACAAUGAAAUGUGAGGUUUUUCCCUCUUUUAAGGGCCCUGGUCUUUCCUUCUACUGAUUCACUACUAACAUCCGGAGCCAGGAGGAUAGAAGAAAUAAAAAAGCAUUUUGACAGGAGAAAAAAGGCAUUUGGCUUAUGUCAUUAUGGGAAUGAUUCCCUAAUGAAUAAGUAUGUAGGAGCAAAAAGAUGUUAUCAAAAUUCUAAAUUAUCUUUUAUUAAAACUAGAGAUUAAUACACCCCCUUAAUAAAAAUGGCGAUAAAGAGCCCCUGUUGACUAAAUUGUCCUAAGAUCAAAUUCAAGUUUUUGCAAUUAUUUCCAACAGAGCAAUGCAAGCUAAUGACUAUAGCUGACUCUCAGUUAUACAAUUUCAGUUAUGAUUAGCAUACUUUCAAGAUUUUCUUUCCCAAAUGGAGAGCCCAGAUAAAGUAAUAAAAGAUGCAUUCAUUAAGCAAAGAAGAAAAUCCUUUUUUUUUGACAAGCAAAAAUAAGUAUAGCAUAAAUGGCUGUUCACACUGGAUAAGACCAUGUUUAAAAAUAACAGUAAGAAUGUUCAUAUUGUAUAUAGAAAUGGGGUUCUUGGUAUUUUUAUGUUUUAUUUAUGCUUAUUGUGUUUCGUCAUUAAUUCUUAAAUAAAAUUUUAUUUUAAAAAAG